AGCGGCCUCAACAAGAUAAACUUUAUUGUUCCCGUCGGGGCGGCGAGGAUGUCGGUGAAUUACGCGGCGGGACUGUCGCCGUACGCGGACAAGGGCAAGUGUGGCCUCCCCGAGAUCUUCGACCCUCCUGAGGAGUUAGAGCGGAAGGUGUGGGAGCUGGCGCAGCUGGUCUGGCAGUCCUCCAACGUGGUGUUCCACACAGGUGCCGGCAUCAGCACCGCCUCGGGCAUCCCUGACUUCAGGGGCCCCCAUGGUGUCUGGACAAUGGAGGAGCGGGGCCUGGCCCCCAAAUUCGACACCACCUUCGAGAGUGCGCGGCCCACGCAGACCCACAUGGCGCUGGUGCAGCUGGAGCGUGUGGGCCUCCUCCGCUUCCUGGUCAGCCAGAACGUGGACGGGCUGCACGUGCGCUCCGGCUUCCCCAGGGACAAGCUGGCAGAGCUCCACGGAAACAUGUUUGUAGAGGAGUGUGUCAAGUGUAAGACGCAGUACGUCCGGGACACUGUCGUGGGCAGCAUGGGUCUCAAGGCCACGGGCCGGCUCUGCACUGUGGCCAAGGCGAGGGGGCUGCGGGCCUGCAGGGGGGAGCUGCGAGAUACCAUCCUGGACUGGGAGGACGCCCUGCCUGACCGGGACCUCACUCUUGCUGACGAGGCCAGCAGGAAUGCAGACCUGUCCAUCACACUGGGCACCUCGCUGCAAAUCCGGCCCAGCGGGAACCUGCCCCUUGCCACCAAGCGCCGAGGAGGCCGACUGGUCAUUGUCAACCUUCAGCCCACGAAGCAUGACCGCCACGCUGACCUGCGUAUCCAUGGCUACGUGGACGAGGUCAUGACCAGGCUCAUGAAGCACCUGGGCCUGGAGAUCCCUGCCUGGGACGGCCCCAACGUGCUGGAGAGGGCGCUGCCCCCCCUGCCCCGCCCUCCUGCCCCCAAGCUGGAGCCCAAAGAGGAGGCCCCCACCCAGCUCAAUGGCCCAGCACCUGCCAGCCCCAAGCCGGAGCCCUCCACGGAGUCCUGCGCCCAGCACAAUGGCUCUGGGCCUGCCAGCCCCAAGAGGGAGCGGUUGGACAGUCCUGUGCCGCACAGGCCCCCCAAAAGGGUGAAGGCCGAGGUGGCCCCAAGCUGACUAGGGGGCCUGGGGAGGGUGGGGCUUUUUGUAGAAACUGUGGAUUCAUCUUUUCUUACUGGUCUCACUUUUUCACUCGUACCUGCCCAUGGGGGUGGGGGGGGCGACCUCAGGGUGCUGAUUGCUGGGAUCCAGG